GAAGCUCACACUGCUUUCAGGUUAUGUGACCAAAUUCCAGUCAAAAUCAUUGCAUUCACAUCUAUAAAUUCAUCUGGAUCACGCAAUCUUUCACCAAUGUCUUUUAUUGCUUCAUAGUUCAAACAAAACAAAAAAUAUUUCUCCAAUUCAGUUUUGUGCAUGCAUGGGAGAACCCAGUUCUAGCAAUGCCUAUGGAGCUGCCACUUCCUCCUAUAGAGGAGUUCGAAAGAGAAAAUGGGGCAAAUGGGUGUCCGAAAUUCGUGAGCCCGGGACCAAAACCCGAAUCUGGCUAGGCAGCUUCGAAACCCCGGAGAUGGCAGCAGCCGCCUAUGAUGUUGCUGCAUUACAUUUCCGUGGACGGGAGGCGAGGCUCAACUUCCCCGAACUGGUGAACAGCCUGCCUCGCCCCGCGAGCUCGAAUGCGGAGGACAUUCGCAUGGCAGCACAUGAAGCAGCCUUGAGGUUGAGAAGUAGCCCCGCCGCUGAAGCUCAUGAGGCUGGGAGCUCCAGCUCGAACGUGGGCCCCGUCACGGUGAGGCUGUCGCCGAGUCAAAUUCAAGCCAUUAACGAGUCACCCUUGGACUCGCCCAAGAUGUGGAUGCAAAUGUCUGAGUCUAUGAUGUUCUCUGGUGGCUUUGAGGAUCAGUGGGAGGAUAUGCAAAAUGAUUCUCUUUGGGAUCCUUAGGUAACAUUCACAAGGUACAAAUGACAAACGAUAUACAAUACUUUUUUUAAAAUUAAUUAUAAUAUUACAAUUAUUUUCGUUAUUAUAAUUAUGUGGGACGUAGUUUGACCUAUACAAAUAAGUCUUCCACAAUUUCAUUAUUUUGUUUGUUUUUCAAAUAAAAAUAAUAAUAUAUAGUACUACUGAAUUGACCUAAAAAAAAUAUAGUACUAGUGUCGUAGUAGGUGUUGUUGAUUUUGUGUCGUUGCAAGGACCACAAACUCUUUCGCUACUUUUUACAUCAGCUUCCUAAGAGUGUUGUGUGAUUUAAUUUUUUUUUCUCUCCAUUGUUUAUAUAUUUGAUGUAAUGGAUAAUUUGUCAUUCAGAUUAAUGAAUUAAUAAUAAGAGUGUACGUACGAUCUUACUUUCCA